AUGACGCAACAUAGCGACGCGUCCAGCGAUCGUUCCGAAGUGUCAGUCACUCCACCGCCGCCCGUAUCGAAAAUGCUCGAAUUUGCUAGCCACCAAAACCUUAGCCUGUUCAAUUUGGAGCAUCGCAACAUGCUAGCGGCACCGUUGGCUGCGUUGCACUCCAUGGCGGAGAUGAAGCAGCACCAGGGCCAUCUCAGUCCAUCGGAUCACCUUCACCACGACAAAAGCGAAACAGAGUCGUUGUUGGAGAGGUCUAGCUUGCACGUGGACCGUUCCGGAUUGACGUCGAGAAGUCCGCUAGGAGCUACUAGUAAUAGUAAUAGUUCGCAAGGCGCGAAUCCUCACGGCAUCGACCAUAUACUAUCCAGACCGUCUCAGAUAACGACCGGAUCGUUGCAUUUUCCUCAUAAUUUGGGGUUUACGCAAAAUUCGCUGGGUAUGGCCGCCAACAGUGCCCAGAGCGCUAGCAAUACGAGUUUGCGAGGAUUUAACAUUGCCGCCGCUGCCUUUUUCCACCAUCACGCUGCUAAUUCCGUGAACAAACCUCCGGUCGAAUUGGGAAGGACCACGGGUGGACUUUACUGGCCCGGCAUCCAAAGCCUCAACCCCAUCGCCUGGAGGGAUCGUCUUAGCGGCAAAAACGAAUAUUUUGCACGAUAUGUGAACCAGUCCAAUAUGGGGGCCCUUGGACCCGACAAAGACGCUAAGAAGAAACACACAAGGCCUACUUUUUCCGGACAACAAAUAUUUGCUCUAGAAAAAACGUUCGAACAAACCAAAUACCUAGCGGGUCCCGAGAGGGCAAAACUAGCUUACGCUUUGGGAAUGACCGAGUCUCAAGUAAAGGUGUGGUUUCAAAACAGACGUACAAAAUGGCGGAAAAAGCACGCGGCUGAAAUGGCGACGGCCAAAAGAAAACAGGAGGUGCUUGAUAAUCAAACCGAUGAGAACAGCGAUAUUAUUUCGGAUAACGAAGACGAACACGCGGCAAAACGGCAAAAUUUGCAAUGAAAUUUCGUGUAGUGAGCGGUUUGGACUCCAGCAGAAUUUGUACAUACAGUUAUAUGAAUAUAAAAAAAAAUAAAACGAUUAUUAGUGAUCUCAUCUAUUUCUUCGAAAGUGAUGUGCGGCCACGGACGUAUACUAGCAUGGUACGAUGUAGCCGAACGCUUGUAAAAAUGUUAAUAUUAACUUAUAAAUAUUAUAUGUAUGUAUACGUAUAUAAACGGCAUUUAGAUUUAACUAUAAGAGAUAAAUUACAAAGAUGCGUAUGGCCUAUAUUAUUUAUACUCCUUAAGCAAGCUUGAAUUUCGGCUUUCGUCACAGAUUUAUUUCAUUAUCCUGCUCCAAACCUGCAUAUAUUUUUUUCUUGACUAUUUCUCAACAUGCUGAUUUCUUAUAUGAAUAAAUAUCUCACGCCACUCAUCAAAGGCAUGCUUCUAGCCGCGAUAAAUUAAAACGCCACUUAUAAUGACGAUACGCAUUUCUGUAAUUUCAUUUGGAGGCUUCAACUAAUGCUUCAUUAUGUUGCGUGAGAGAGCAUCAUCAAAUGAUUGAAUUAUAUAUUUUG